GGGUGCGAUAGUGUCUCCGACUUAUAUUCUGACAUCGGCGUCCUGUAUACGAGACGUGGGCUUCCUAUACGCCAUAGCGGGCUACAGGAAGUACGUCAGGUCAGAGAAUCUGAACCUAGACAGAUGCACUCGGGAAAGAAAGCAGAAAGUGAUCAGGACUUGUUAUCCUAAAAAGAACACUUUCACUCACCAAAUACUCACAGAAUGGUUGUACUUGGACAUUGGAUUCGCAAUAGUGGAAAAACCCUAUAACUUCACGGACUUGACGUACAGAUUCUAUUGCUCAUAUGUGCCAGCACCGAUCAAAAUUAACUUGGAUCCAAAAUACGUGGUCAAUGGAACUAACGCUAUGGUGUAUGGAUGGGGCCAUCAAAUACUUAACAGACAGCCUGGCAACACACAAGACUUUAACCAAGAAUACUUGCAUUCAGUCCGCACUAGGAUAGUACCGAAAACUGUGUGCAACAGCGCUUAUACGUCACCGAAUCUUACAAACAUAAUUAUGGAAAACAUGAUAUGCUGUCAAGGAGACGGUCUCUUGGAUGAAAAUGGCAAUCCAGACUAUAUCGAUCCUGUACUUGCCGACGGACGUUCCCGGAGGAAAAAUACAGAAAAUUUCACAGAUGAUUUUAUCAAAUCGGCAAACGACAAAAAUAUUUAUAAUGAAACAAAUAAAUUAUUCUACACUAGAAAACAAGGAAUAUGUCAGAACGAUCAUGGUGCUCCCUUGGUGACGUGGAUCGGAAAAGAAGAGUAUGUGCUGGGAGUGGCCUCCACGAGCUUAAUUAAAAAAAAUUCUCACUGCUCGCCCCCUUACUUGUACACUAGUACGCAAUGUACUAGUCGAUUCAUCAAGUGUGCGUUGCUUGGUUAUGGAGGUAAACCCGUGCGUAGAAUGUGCGACAACUUGGAAAAAGAAGAGGGUUAUGCAAUACAUGAAACUAAAAUAGACUGGGCCCAAAUGGAUGGAAAUGAAGAAAACAACACGAAUUUGCCUAGAAACAAGACCAGACUGGACGAUGAUGGCUUAGAAAUAUUUAAAUUUAACCCCGAUGACUGGGACAACGAAACUGACAUAAAUGACUUCUUCAAACAAGACGCGAGAACAGGAGAAGAUUCUAAAGAUGAAUUCAGUUCCAGCUCAAAACCAGGACUGGCUUAUAAAUUGAACUUCGAUUCGGUUACAGAUGACGUCAUUAUAAUUUAGAGAUUUGUGAAUAUAACUUGAAAUGAUAUCUAUUA